GACAAUCUGAAGAUGUCAUUACACAAACAGAAGUGGUUCAUGCUUUGCCCGGUACAGAUGUCACCCUGGUGUGUAUCUUCCCAAACCCAAACACCACCUACAUAAUACAGACACAGUGGUCCAAGACUGAUGACAAUCAGCUUACCAGAAUAGCUGUUUAUCAUCCCAUUUAUGGAACUCACUACUUCACCUUUCCUGAGGCUUCUUACAACUUUUCAGUGUCCUUCAGCAUGAAGAAUUGCUGCGACUGGGAUGCUGCAGAGGCUUCGUGUUCCUCUGAUCCAAACACCAUGUCUGAAUGCAGUUGGUGGGCUCUGCAUCUGAAAAAUGUUACUAUCUCCCUUAGUGGGCAGUACGAAUGCAGUUUUGCUACUUAUCCACACGGGACAAAGGCUGCAAAAAUGCGACUUAUCGUCAGGGCAGAAGAAGAGCAGCACUACGUGAAGGAAGUAUGGUUAAACCAGACUUUAGAAAUUCCAUGCCUUGAGGACAUGACCUCAGAAAAUUUGUCCAAUUAUCCUUUGAAAUGGCUAAUGGGGGAAAAUGGAAGGAAAGAAGAACUUGUGACCAAGGAACCCUCCGGUCCGGCAGUGUACAGGAAUGGCAGCACGUUGUACAGGCAAAGAGUCCGCCUCGGUUUCAAUAACACACUGAAGAUUUUCCCCACCGAAAUCACAGAUGAUGGCAGAGUGUUUUCCUGCCAUGUGGCAUACCACCCGGAGAGAGUCCGAAAGAGCAGUACCACCGUGAGAGUAUUUGCCCACCCCGAGAUCUCUGUUAAACUGCAAGAGGGCUCAGCUGGCGCUUCACAGAAGCCUAACCUGAGCUGUGUUGUGAGGAAGGCGUUUCCCAAGCCAAGCCUCGUCUGGUACACGGACAGAGCGAGCCCAGUGGAGCAGUAUGGAGAAAUUUCUGUUGAACAAGAAGAUUUGCAAGACAGCAAAGGUUUCUAUCAGCUGAGAUCAACGCUGGUGUUGCAAGGAACCCGCCAGACACAGAGGACAUUCUCAUGUGUGUGUCUGUUUUCCUUCCUCGGGAAUGAAACUUGGAAUAUUUCAUCAGAAGAAAUAUUUGUGUCCUUUGACCUUGGAAAUUCAGCAUUUCCAUCAGCUUUCAUGACUACCUCAGAACACCGGCCAACAUCUUUGACCUCUCUGGAUUUCACAAGUCAAGCAAGCUUGGCUCCUGCUUCCAUGACACAAGGACAGCAGAUUUCUACCCAAGAGACAAAAAGCUAUACCAGUGCCUCAGCACUCAAUGACAGUUUGACAACAGCACAUCUGAAUGAUUUCACCAGUGAAUCCCCACAAAGCCUUGGGAAUGCCACACACUCCUUUGAGAAUACAAUCCUGAGACAUCGUAACCUGUCCUUCAGCGUCACAGACCAGCCAAUUUCAGUUACCAGAGGGAAAGAUUUCUUUACUAGCAGCAGUCUGCUCAAUAGGACUGGUGACACGAGCAGCACAAAAGCCAGUCGCUUCCUCUGGCCAACAGUGGUAGCCAUCCUGCUCCUUUUAUGCAGCUUUCUAAUGGCUUUAGGCAUCAGGAAAUGGUGUCAGUACCAGAAAGAGAUUAUGGACAGACCUCCGUCUUUCAAGCCACCACCACCUCCAAUAAAGUACACCUCCAUGAUGGAGUCUGAUGGGACUCCCCCAUCCUGCCACGAACUGGAAAACCUGUAA